AUGCUACUCUACAAGUGCACUUCCUGCCAGGAAGCUAUUCAGGCGAACAAAGCACGCAUAUCAUGUAGCCCUUGCUCACCACCCAUCAUCCUGUGUGCCAACUGCUAUAUCGUGCAUAACUAUCCCCCGCAGCAUCCAGAUGGUGCCUCGCAUUCCUUCGCAGUAUCACAGCAGAGCGGCUAUCUCCCAGUCCCGCCUCCUCCACCAGUACGGACUCAGUCUGUCGGCGGCAUGUAUCAAGCCGCGCCAGCCCUUCCGCGACGAAGGCCUGUUCCUGCUGCUUCAGAUACCGAAGUGCCGCACAUGAGGCCCCCUCACCCGGCUAAGCAGCCAGGACUCGAAGCUGAACUAGAUGCUAGUGAACCGGUGUCGAAGCCAGGCUCCUCACAGCCGUCAACGCCAUUACCAUCAGGUUCGCAGAAGCAAGGCACCGAGCAAAAUCGCGAACAACAACAGCAACAUGAAAAGCCUCCACAGCCGCGACAAUAUCCCCAGGGUCAACAGCCACCACCACCACAGCAACCACGGCCACCUCAGCAACAAUAUCAACCUUCUGGGUGGGCCUAUUUUUUCAAUCGAGAUAUGACACCCACUCCUUGCUUCUCCACCCUAAUUCAAGAAUUCUUCCACCAUCUGGACCCAAAGCGCACCGGCCUCCUCAGCCCGGAGACCUGCUCACAGUACAUUGACGCCUGUGGUGCAGCCCUAAGCAACAAUCCCUUGACACAGUCUCCUAACACCUACUACACAGGGAAAGCCAACCGUGCCAAAAACCCCCGAAGCUACGACGUAGCCGACCGCGAACUAGCAGACCAUUACACUGCCUACGGCGUCGACUUCGUCCUACACCCACGAACCCCAGUCUCAUCACCCACAACACCCGCUUUUAACCCUCUAUCAAUCUUUUCAAACUCCCAGAACACCAUAAUGGAACAUAUCCUAUCCUCAGUCCCCUCCGUAUCCGGAAACCAAAAACCCAUGCUUACCCUCCAUGGCUGGACAAGCCUGACCAUCUGCGGUGCUCUGAUUAACCCGUCCGGGUCAUGGGGCGACUUUAAUCGUGCAAUGCGCUAUUAUCGACUCCCCCUCUGGACAAAGUGGGGUGAUAUCCCAAGAGAGAUGUUACCGUUGACACCGCACCCGCCGGAGGUAGAGCGUGUGCGAAUUCUGCAGGAGGGGGCGCGGAUUACUGCUCAGCGAGAACUUGAUGCGAUGAAGACUAAGUUAAGGUUCGAUAAGCAGGCCCGGCAGGCUACUUUGGAUCUGUUUGAUGAUAGGAGGUUGAGCGAGGUGACUUUGAGAUAUGAUGUCGGGUCGGGGUUGCCGAACUCGAUUACUCGAUUAGCCGCUACUUGA